AUGCUGGUGGAUUGUAUUGGCGAUGGAAAAAUCCUAAACGACUCUGCGGGCGUGGAAAGUGGUAAAGAUCAUCCGGCUGCCGAAGGUUUGUGUGAGCUGCUCUAUUGUAAGAUGUGGAGAACGCAUCACAUCCGAACAUUUAAAUCCGCCGACGCAUUUGUCAAGCAAAACCUUCGUCAAUCAUCCUCGGUACUGAAUGAUCAGUGUGAAAGCUUGAGUGAUAAACAGCAGAAGCUGCGUGUUAAGGGCCCAGUUCGCAUGCCAACCAAGAUCCUGCGUAUCACCACCCGUAAGACCCCUUGCGGUGAGGGUUCCAAGACUUGGGAUCGCUUCCAGAUGCGCCUGCACAAGCGUAUCAUCGAUCUGCACUCGCCAUCGGAGAUCGUCAAGCAGAUCACCUCGAUCAACAUCGAACCCGGUGUAGAGGUCGAGGUCACCAUCGCCGACCCUUGAGCGAUUCGUUCUUGUUGCGUUCCCCAAUGCAAUGGGUUUAACUUUUUAUAUUAAAAAGUUACAAAAAUAAAAUAAAAUAAAA